UGACAGUCUGUUCCAAGUCGCGGGGUUCAACAUAACUGCCAGGCAUCUUAUCUCCGUGAUAUAAGAUAAUACAGCAAAUAGUUUACAGUGUUACCGCAGUAUUUUGCAUGCAGGGCUUAUCCUUGAUAAUGGAUCAGCAAAAAGGUCGUUGUAUUCGAUAACGAUAAGAUUAUAUACGUGUAGAAGAAUAAUACGAGAGGGUGAAAUCGAGUGUCUCAAAUAUGGAGGCGAUAAAUCAAGGGAUUCUACUGCUGUUGGUUGUUGGCUCGUUGGACGCGAUUUCCCUCGAUCAACAGGAUCCGCUCGACUUCCCGAUCCUGCCCGAGUCCUCGACGACCCAGUGCAACUGUACGACUACGGAGAGCCCUCUUCUGUUCCUCCAUCCACCGGAUGACAACGAAGCGAACGCUCAUCGUAUCCUGGACGGUGGAAAUGACGACGUCGUGGUUUACGACGACUUCAGAAGCAAUGACGGCCUCAAAAACAACGAUGACACCACGAGGUACACUGACACCGGGAACGACGACGUCAAGAAAAGUAACGAGGAUAUGAGACACAACAAUGACUACGGAAACAGCGACGAGAACGGAAGUAACGAUGAAACUUACGGAGCGAUUCCAACCACCGCUGCAGUGGAUAAUCGAGGCACAAACAUGUCACAUCUCAAAACUCUAAGAGUACCUGAAAAUUCGGACAACGCGAAACCCACUCUGGAUUUCCCCAAAACACCACCCGACGAACGCUACAAAAUGGCCGCUCUCCAUCUCGACAAAGGAUUAUUUGCCUUUGAUUUUUUACAACCUUUCCUCAGCAUCAUUCAACCCAACGACGUUCCACCAGAUCUCAUGAGAGACGUCGUCGAGAAUCGUAUAACUGCCUACAAAUUGGUGUCGGAGUCUCUGCAUAUGGAGGUCGGAUUCGUAGCUCUCGUAGGCGUUUGCUGUAUUCUGGCGUGCGUUAUUCCUGGCACGGAACUCUGGCUCGCCUGUCGUCCGAUCAGAGGGGAUUACAAGCCAUCCCAGCAUCCCGGUUUUCUGGCCUUCCUUCUGACCGUCUCGGUCUUUAUUCUUGGUACCGGGAUGGUCGCCAUCCUAGUCUCCAACGAAGCAAGCAGUUCCGGGAUCGAGAAAAUCCCUCUCGUUGUAGAAACGGCUUUACAGGAUCUAAGCGAUUAUCAUAGCGGUACUACAGUCCAAAUGCGCAGAUGCCUUACCAGGAGUCUCGACGUUGCGAGCGAAGCAAUCCUCGCUGAUCUCGACAAUGUUGAAGAAUUACUUGGGAAACCUGUGCAACUGGAUCUCGCGACAGAAACUGGAUUAGACGUUGCAUUGGAUGCACUGCUCGACGUCGCAAACGCGACGCAAGAACUUGCGUCCCGAACGAAGACCUUGCUGAAGGAGGGCGAAAAGGCAAGCGAACAAGGGAGCAUUUUGAGCCGAGAAAUGGACAAUCUUAAACGCGAACUUGAAAAUGCGAUAAGAGAUUGCCCGAUGCAAGAUCGUCAACUUUGCGCUACGCUCAACCCCUCCGGUUUCGGGAUUGCUCUUCGUCUCGAUAGGCUACUUCGGGACGAUCGUCUUCUACGUUUACGAGACACCGCCAGGGACAAUUUGACGGAAGCUGGACGGCAAUCCCGCGGGGAAUAUCUCUAUGUCCCUCAUCACGUCGCCCGGAAUACUUUGGACGUACGAAACCGUGUACGCCGUGAAAUCAGCUCGAUCCGGGCAAGAAUCUUCGACGAAGCCAGAAGCAUUGAAUCGAGUGGAUCCGAACUAACGAGACACCUCGAGUCGACUCGGCGAUUGACUAAUUACGUCAUCCCUUACAUAACGAGCUUCGAGCAAACGCGCUGGUUGGCUGGCAUCGGCACGAUAUUCGCGAUAUUCCUCGUUUGGGUUCUUCUCGUCGGUGCUCUCUGCUGUCGUUGCAGUUCGUCCGAGCAUCGCGUUCGCUCAACCUUGUUAUGCGGUGUACUGACAAGCUGCUUUGUCUCCGUUGGACUGUGGGCAAUCCUCAUAUCUGCACUCGCGGUCUCCAGUCACACUGAAAUGUUGCUCUGUCGUCCCCUCCACGAUCCGAAUUUUCGGACUUUGGAAACGCUCCUGGAAAGCAAGACGUUCCUGGGACGAAGGCUCAGUUUUACUUUGAAAGAUUUAUUCGAGAAAUGUCAAGAGAACGAAGCAGCCUACCCGGCCUUUCAGUUGGGCAACUCGAUGAAACUCGAGCAACUGACGGCCCAUUGGUCAUGGGCCGGGUUAUCAAGCUCCAUGUCAAAACUCAAAGUUGAUCUCAAAGGGCUCAAAAUAUUCACGCCAAAUUUGCAAGAAAAAUUACAGAUUUUGCUGUACGCUUGCGGUCCGAAUCUUACUGAUCACAAAAACACGAUUCGUGGCCCCAUUUUAAGGAAGGACCUAAAUGCCCUCUCCGACCAAGUAUACAACGUCGCAAAGCAGCUGAACGACGGUCGAACUGCCCGUAAACUUGAAGAAAUUAGGUCGACGAUACGCCUAAUGAUGACCCGGAGAAUCGUCCCACUAACGAAGCUCCAAGGAGAGCUCGUCGAUCGUCUGACGGGUCUCGAGCUGCAUUUGCAGCCUCUGCAGAGGCAGGUCAAUCAAUCGAUUUCCCACCUCAAGACGAUACAGUAUUACAUAAAUAAUCAGGGCGAAAAAAUCGCCCAAUUGAGGUCAAAAAAAUACGUCGAGCGAUUGAGCAGCUACUUGGAUCAGUGGCGCGUUCACGUGUUGUCAGAAAUGAGCACGGGGGUCGCAAAGUGUCGUCCGUUGUGGGACAUUCUCCACGGCAUGAGAUCGCUUCUGUGUCAACACAUUUUGGGGCCGAUGGACGGUUUCUGGUUUUCAACCCUCGUAUGUGCAGUCGUAAUGAUGUUCAGCACGCCAACGGCUCACACUUUGGCUUCUGUAUACAGAAAAGAGUCGUCAGGAAAAGACUUGGCGCUGUUGCCAUCCCGAGAUGGAAGCCCCGAUACUGUGGUAAUCGAUCGCGACACUUGGCGAUCACCCGAGCCGCCACCACCUCAGGAAAAUUGGUGAAAACGAAGAAAAAUUGAUCGAUCAACAACGAGCCACAUUUAAAAAAAAUCAAUAUCGACAUCGAUCGCCUUGAUCUCGUGCAGUGAUUCGCCACUAAUUAUCAGUGCUUUAUAUACGGUCAGUUUUUUACUUGAACCGAAGAUCAACAAAUUCAACUCCGAAUCUUCUGAUCGUAUCUCUAAUGAUACAAAAACUUUAUCUUACCGUGAAUGAUAAGUUUAUUGAAUUCCUAUACACGCAGUUGUACAAACAUUAUUUUGGACAGAAAUCAUUUAGAAAAUCAGCGUAUAAAAAAACGAGAGAAAUAAUAAAAUUGAUAAAUUCGUCGAUA